CCGUUAAAGAACAUGGAAGACCCCAAUGAUUACGACAUUGAAAAGGACAUUCCCACCAUCGAAGAACUGGAAAAGCUGGGGGAAGUGCAGUACCGGGAAGUKUGCUGGGAUCUAAAAGAAAGGGGCACUGUCGGCGAAACGGCGUUACAUCUAUGUUUGCUAAACGCUACGUCUAUACACGCAGAUUUGGCAAAAAGRCUGUUACAUUUCUAUCCAAAGCUCGUAAAUGACAUUUACAUGAUUGACGAGUAUUACGGAGAGAGCGUAUUGCACAUGGCUAUUGUCAACGAAGAUCCGGCCAUGGUGAAGGUACUGAUGGACAGCGGGGCAAACUUGAACGAACGAUGCUUCGGGAACUUCAUGAGCACCGAAGAUCAAAAGGCUUCCAGAUCAGAUUCACUUGACCACGAAUGGGUCAACCUGUGUCCUGACACCAAUUACGAAGGGUACGUGUAUUGGGGCGAAUAUCCACUGUCAUUUGCAGCGUGCCUCGGCCAGGAGGAGAGCUACCGUUUGAUGUUGGCAAGAGGCGCUGACCCAAAUAACCAAGACACCAACGGUAAUACGGUUCUACAUAUGCUCGUAAUUUACGAAAAAAUCUCGACGUUCGACAUGGCCUACGAAAUCGGGGCGGAGCUCAACAUUAGGAACGUGCAAAAUUUGACACCACUCACACUGGCCGCAAAACUGGCUCGGAUCCAAAUGUUCUUUCACAUACUCAAAAUCGAACGGGAAAUUUAUUGGCAAAUCG